AUGGCUGUACUCCAGCUCUUCAAGAUGCUUGCGCCCUCUCUCGUUGGCCUAGUCGCAAUGACCACCGCUUCACCUAUCGCUAUCCCUACUAGCAAUGAUGUCUCGGUAGCUGCCAAUUCCUGUUAUUCCUGCAUGGUCACCUUCAGUAGGAUCUGCCAGCUCUCCAAGCUCAGCACUUCCCAAUGUUCAUCGCUGUGGUGCUAUUCUGAACAUUGUCGCCACUGCCUCAGUGGUCUUAGCUGUCCAAAGGAACAGGCCGUUGGCGUUAACCUCGAUGCCGAUUUCCCAAUCGCAACUCUCACUGAUGUCGCGGUCACUGUCCCUAGCGAUGUCUCAAUCGCUAUUUCCGCCGAUAUCUUGGGUGAUAUUCCCAGCGAUGUUUCGACCGAAGUCAAUUGCUAUCGUUGUGUAUACAUCAACUUGUUUUGCAAGCAAACUGGUCUUAGUGAGGACCAAUGCCUCGAAUUGCGAUGCAAGGAUCCCGAGUGUUACCGAUGUCGUCAGAGUUGCCGCGAGACUCAGGGAGUUGAUAGUUCUGAUUCCGCUACUGUCAACAGUGUCGUAGCCGAGAGCUCUCUGACUUCUGUAGCUCAAGCCACCAAGCGCAAGGAAGUAACGCAUUGCUUCUGGGUCUGCAUACAUACAUACUGCAAGCGUCAGUGCAUUGGCGGAAAUACCGUUACUGCUCUCAAGGCUCGCGGCGCACUCGUCAUCGACGAGGCCGACAUGAAGACCGACAGCACCAUCUCCGUCACUUCGAACCACGCGCAACUGCAGAAGCCUUUCCUCUACCAUUGCGAUUGGGCCUCUGGUGUUUGCUGGACGGAUCCUAUUUUUCAAGCGGUAGCUGGUACCAAUAUCAGCAUCGAGGAGAUUCCGGAUAUUUCCACCAAGGUUUGUGGCGAGGUCUGCAGCACGGACGAGUCGCUCUGCGGGCUGAUCUGUGAUGUCGAUGAGCAUGGCGACGUUGAGCAUGGCGACGUCGAGAAGAACGAUGUCGCACAUGGUGCCGCUGGGAGUGCUAUUUUGGUCAGUGCUAUACAUGCUGCAUUCCUUCCGCCAAAGGAGACGCAACCGAGAAGCGUGGCACAUCACCUCCACCUUGUCAUGAACGCUGUGACGAUGACAAGUGCUGGAUCGUCUGUCCCCGUCCACCAAUCGAGUAGAAUGGCUUUUGUGUAUGAUGAUUCUGCGAGGUGCUCCAGGCAUAACUCUUAG